CAAGCAAAGCCACGCGCUGCCUCGCGCGCUGUACGUGCAAGUGCCUUGUAGCAUUAUAUCUCGCAUUGGCGCAGCGUAUUUUGAUCGCUCAGCGCGAGCAAAACACGCUAUUGCUCGACUGCACACUCGGUCAGCAAUCACAGCCUGACCAGCCGCUCGCCGGCACGCCAACCACAGCCCUGCCCACCCGCUCGCGGGCACGCCGUCGCCGCGACCGCAAAACCGGGCGCAGCAGUAAAUGCUCGGCAGCGCCGAGUACGCCCGCAACAUGCGCGCGACCCAGUCGGGCGUCAACGACCAGUCCGCCCGCCGCCGCCGCCAGCACCAGGUCACGCCCGAGGAGGCCGAAGCCCGGUGGGAGCAGGCCAAAAAGGACCACAUGAUCCCCUUCCACAAGAUGGCUUUACUGACCAUGGCGGCGACCGCGCCGGCCUUCAUAAUGGUGUUCAUGUACACGGAGCCCGACGUCGGGUGGCAUUGGGCCGUGACGCGGCCAUAUCCCCCCAUUUAUGAUGUUGAAGAACCCAUCAUCCUGGGCAAGGAGCAAUGUGCUGCUUUUCGAAGAUCUACGUCGGACUUUCGACGCGCGGCGCCGGCGGGCCUGCCUUCGUCAGGAGCGGUCUACCUCUGGAAAUUACUAAGAUUGAACUGCCUCAUGCCGCACGAGUGUUUUGAAAGGGAGCGGGGCUUCGACGACGACGACGACCGCAUCACGCGUCUGUCGAACGCGGAGAAUGAAUUACAGAGAAAGAACUGCGCGCCCUUUUUGACGCAGCCGCCCUGGGGCCGCCACGCCUUCCACGGGUCUCCGAGGAUCCUGGAGAAGCACCGGCGCGUUAAUAGAACCGAGGUCCUGCCCGUGGCCGUGGCCAAGGAUCCAUGGACCUGGUUCCGGUCGGCCUGCCGGCGGCCGGGAGGCAUGCGCUUCAAGCGGGGCGAGACGUGCCCGUCGCCGCCGGGGCCCGUCCGAUUUGAAGAAAGACCCUGGGAGUCGCUCGGGCACCUCUGGGGCGCGUGGCACGCGUCUUAUGUGGGGACGCGGUCGCUCGUCGUGCGCUACGAGGACCUGCUCUGGCGGCCGGUCGAGACGGUCGGGGCCGUGUGUAGUUGUGUGGGCGGCAUGACGGCGCCGCCGCGCGACUUCGACCCCAUCCUCGACUCUUAUGGUCGUGGUUUAUCACGCAUCGGGAACCUGCGGCGCUACGGCAACGAGUCGCUGCGGUUUGCUCGGUUGAGUUCGGGCGACGUGGAGCGGCUGGCGGCGCCUGAAUUAAAGCGCGUGGCGGCGCGGCUCGGUUACAAGCUUGGGUAAUGUGUUCGAGAG